AUGGCGGCACAACCACUCAUAAUUCUCAAUGGCUGGCCGGGAGUGGGAAAAGACACCGUUGCAGAGACCCUCAGCCUUCUGAUCGGUGACAACAAAGCAUCCUUGCUAGAUUGGGGCAAAGGUCGAGGCGACAGCUUCCAGACUAUACCCGACGAUGACGAAGUGGCACAAAAGGCGCAACGAGACGCCUGCUUUGCUGAUCAAGUCGAACACCCGUCCACAUUCAGCAAGAUGAUCAUAUGCACAGACUGCCUGUCAGACACGCCGCUGGGGAGACGACUCGCACAGGAUUUUGAGGUUGUCGCGAAGAGAACCAAUCGGCUAUUAAUUCCCAUAUAUCUGGAGUGUCAGGUCGAAGAAAACAUGCGGAGGUUGCAGGAGGCGGAGAGAAGGGUUAGCCUGAAAGAUAAGAUCCGAAGCCCUAACGAGGCCAAGACGGUCAGAUCCGAUGGAGGCAACCUCUUCAUUUUCAAAUCAAGGGAAGGCUUGAGCAUCAAUAUUACGAAGAUGCUACCGCAUGAAGCCGCCCUGCAGAUACUGUCAUUUAUCAGAGACUUGAUCGAUCAUCACAACGAGGAGCUAGUCAACGAGGAGACGACGCCAUUGGAGGCGAGCGAGCCGGCAUGGGCUUGA